AUCGAAUCAAUAGAUUUGAUUAUUAUGCACUGAUAUAAUUGUUUGAAAUUACAAAUUACAUCACCAUUACUUGGAUAUUCUGCACGGAAUGAUGGAUUUCUUUGGUAUUCCUGCAUACAUUUUGUUUCCUUUGGGUCUUUUCUUGGCUUUUUAUCUGUAUAUGACAAGGAACUAUGGUUAUUGGAAAAAUCGAGGAAUUCCUGAAGUGCCUCCAAGAUUUUUGGUUGGAUCAAUUGGUUGGAAUAUAAAAUGUCAUCAAGGCAAACAAGAACAGGAAUGGUAUAACAAAUAUGGAAAAAUAUUUGGUAUUUACGAAGGACCGUAUCCUACAUUAUUGAUAGCGGAUCCAGAAUUGAUAAAGGCUGUUUUUGUGAAGGAUUUUCAUUAUUUUUCGGCCCAGAGAAAUUUUCGUUUCGGAAAUCGAAUUUUGGAUAGGGGAGUAUUCAUGCAAACUGGAGAAAGAUGGAAACAAUUGAGAAGUAUGAUGUCACCCAGUUUCACUUCUGGAAAACUGAGACUAAUGGAUAAUUCAGUCGAUGACUGUUGCCAAACAUUUAUUAACAAUAUCAUAGAAGAAUCCGAAGGCGGAAAGGAAGUAGAUAUUAAUAAGUAUAAAUUUGAAAUAUCAAUAGAAAGGUCGUCCAGUGCUGCAGAUUUUGCUAGCUCGUCGGCGCUCUCGUUUAAUUUGGUGCCAAUAAGAGCUUUUGUCCAGUUUAAAGGAAACAGAGUUAGGAGAGUGUCGAAAGUUAUACUGAUGUACGUUAUUAUUUUUGCAGUACUUUUUCCCGCUGUGGCCAGACUCGUUCGCUUGGCUGUAUUUGACCCCCAAUCGCUCGAUUUUUUUAAACUUGUUAUCGAUGACGUGAUAAACAAAAGAAAAUUGUUAAAAAAGGAUGAAAUCCCCAGAGAUUUUCUUCAGUUGUUAUUAGAAGCAAUAGAGAAUCAAGAAAACAAAACUGAAAAAUUUGAUUUGGAGGAUGUGGUGAGCCAAUGCGUUACAUUUUUCGUUGCUGGAUACUUCGGUCCAACAUUAACUCUUUCGUAUUCUGUUCAUGAAUUAGCAGUCAAUCCAGAUAUACAAGAAAAACUUAUUAACGAAGUUGAUGAAACUAUUAAAAAAUCGGGAGGAUUAAAUUACGAUUCGGUUUCUGAAAUGAAGUAUUUAAAUGCAUUCGUUCAAGAAGUACUUCGUAAAUAUCCUCCAGGAGUGAGAUUAGAGCGUAGGGUAGUAGAAGAUCACGAAUUGGGCGAUACAGGAAUUGUCGUUGAAAAAGGCACAAUAAUAGGAGUACCUGUUUAUGCUCUUAAUCAUGAUCCUAAAUACUUUCCAGAUCCAGAUAAACUUGAUCCCGAAAGAUUUUUAUCUGACAAGAGUAACAUGCUUCCUUUCACCAAUUUCUCAUUUGGAGUUGGACCAAGAAAUUGUAUAGGUAUGAGAUUUGCUUUGAUGGAAGUUAAGAUGGCUCUAGCUAAAACUUUACAACACCUUAGAUUUAAACCAGGAAUUAAUACAAAGAAAGAGCCUGAGUUGCUUUUAGCAAGAGGUUUUAAUCGCCCAAAACAUGUAUAUUUAAAGAUUGAGUUAAGAAAAUGAAUUUCCUUUUUACAAAACACAAGACCAACUUCAGGAACACAGUCUUAUUUGCUUUGAUUUCAUUUAUUAGAAAGUAAAAGUUUCAGAAAUAAACAAUGUUAUAAACAAAA